UCGAUAUUCGAUUACUCGAUACAACGACAACAGAACGGAGCUUGUACGGAAUUGUGCUUGCGUUCGCUUGCAAAUGUUUUCUGUAUAUAGUUUCUCGUUGGAUUAUUCUAAGUGUUCUCUAAUAUUCUCGAGAAAUGGCGGAGUUCGUGGAGAAACGAUGUCAGGACAUGAUCCCGGAGUUGGAACAAAUGGAGAAGCUCAAGCUCUUUGAUAAAAAAGAGAUUCGGAGCAUCGCCAAGAAACUCAAAGAAUAUGAGUAUAAAAUUCAACGACACACAAAGACUAAGGAAGACUACCUUCGAUACAUACAGUAUGAAAUGGAUCUUCUAAAAUUGAUCAAGCAACGAAGGGAUAAAUAUGGUAUCACUCAAAAGAGGUCGGUCAUCGACUAUGGCAUAACUAAUAAAAUGAAUAACUUGUACAAAGAGGCGAUAUCUAAAUUUCAAGAUGAUAUUCGAUUUUGGGUUGCUUAUAUGAAGUUCUGUAAGCAUGUGGUAGGUAGCGAACACUUCCAUAGCAAUAUCAAUCAUAUGUUAGGCAGAAUGCUGCAAGUACACAGAGAUAAGCCAAAAUGCUGGCACAUAGCAGCAUAUUGGGAAUUAGAGGAGAAUAAGAAUAAGUAUAGCGCACGGCAGUAUCUUCUUAGAGGUUUACAGAUUCAUCCUAACUCUCAAUUAUUAUAUACUGAUGCUUUCAAACUCGAACUAGACAAUCGCUUUACGACAACUUCUACUAAUGCUGAAAACUCUGAAAACCAGGAAGGCCACAUUGAUCCAGUACCGACAACAGACGAUAGCGAAAUUCCAGUUCCAUUGAAAACGGCAUUCUUUAUAUACCAACAGGCUUUUGAUCGUAUUAAGGAUGUUAAAUUUAUAAUAGCGUUGCUUAAUAUCACAAAUGAAUACGAUAACACCAAGCCAUUGCAGCUAAAAAUCAUUUGCGAUAUGAUUCGAGAGUAUGCUCAUGAACCUUUAAUGUGGGAUACAUUGGCGCGUCGUGAAUUACAAGGCUUAGCGCAACCAGUCAGUGACACGGCGACGGAAUCGGAAAAUGCUGACCAAAAAUCUCUGAGGGCUCGUAUCACAUCGUGCAACGAAGUAUAUCAGACUGCUAUAAAGAAAAUCAAAACUGCAGAAAUCUGGUCAUUGUACAUAGAAUGUUUACUGGAAAUUAAUCGCGAUCUGCGAUUAUUGCCAAAUUUGAAAAGAAAACUCUUGAAAACUGCCUUGAUGCAAGCUCAUCGGGUGAAAAAACUAAAAGAGGAACAUUAUCUAUGCUGGAUUGAUAUAUUGAACGCCGACAAGGAAUCGAAUAAAGACAACGAAGGCAUGCGAAAAAAACUGGACGAAGUACUACAAGGAGCGACUGAUGUUCUACCAAACAGCGUCGGUAUUUGGCACGCGCGGCUUAAUCAUUUGUUGCAAUGUGAUUUGGAGAAGGAAGCGUAUGCUAUGUUUCCAGAGGUGACGGACAAAUUUGGUGAAAAAGCGUUACCUUUGUGGAAACUGCGAUUCUUGCAUGCUCAGCUAAAAAAUUGGGAUGAGGUCGAAGAGAGCUAUCAAGCGGCUCUAAAGUAUCCGUUAAUCGCUAAAGAUGUUAAAGCUUCAUGGCUUGAAUGGCUUGUUUUAACGAAAGGCAUUCGUGCAGCUCGCAAGGCGUAUGACGAUCUCUACCUUCAACCUCUUACUUCAUUGGAGUUCCACAAGAAGAUGAUCUCGCUGGAACUCAUACAGCCGGAGAUCAUGUCGAAGUACGUGCGGCGGCCUUAUGAAAUGGCGAUAAUGCACUUCGGAACUCACGACACAUCUAUCUGGUUAGAUUACAUCAAAUACGAGAUGCAGUAUGGAGAACCAAAGAAAGCCAGCGAUAUCCAUGAGCGGGCAGUCAAAACGUUAGAUUCUAGCUUAACGUAUUCCUUUAUUCGAGAUUACGGCCUGAUCAUGGCGAAACCUGAUUCCAUAAAAUGAUCCGAUCGUGAGCAUACAGUAUGUACAUAUAUCAAUCAAGCGCGAUAUGUAUUGCGUGUUUGUAUUGUAUACAGAAGAUUACUGCCCCAACUUGCAUUAUUUGUAAUUAGUAGAGUAAUAUAUUGAGUUUUGAUAAAUGUUUAAGAUAUACAUCUUGGGAUCUUUCACGAAAAGUUACUUUUGAAGGAGACAAUUUUUUUUAUGUAUA